ACAAUAGUUCGGAUUGAUGACACUCCGUUGUGUUUAGACAAGAUGCGUUUUACUUUAGCUGUAGUGGCAGUUUGGCUUACCGCCGUCACGGCGGUUCCCAGAAAUCCCCAGAGAAUCGUCGGUGGCUCCGUGACCACCAUCGAGCAGUACCCGUUCGCAGCUCCAUUGCUGUACUCUUGGAACCUGAUCACCUACAGUCAGUCCUGCAGUGGCACUAUCCUCAAUACUAGGUCCAUUCUCUCGGCCGCGCAUUGCUUUGUGGGUGACGCAGCAAACAGAUGGCGUAUCCGCGUAGGCUCCACCUGGGCCAACAGCGGAGGCGUUGUUCACAAAGUCAACUCUAUCCUCAUCCACCCCAGCCACAACACCCGGACUCUUGACAAUGACGUCGCUCUGCUGCGCUCAGCGACUACCAUCUCGCAGAGUUAUCAGGCUCGCCCUGGCAGCAUCGCCGGGGCCAACUACUACUUAGCUGACAACCAAGCUGUUUGGGCCAUAGGAUGGGGGGCGACAUGUUCCAGCUGUUCUGGGUCUGACCAGCUGAGACAUGUUCAGAUCUGGGUUGUGAACCAGAGCGCUUGCAAGAGCCGCUACCUUGAGGUUGACGGUACGGUCACCGACAACAUGCUGUGCUCUGGUUGGCUGGACGUGGGCGGGCGCGACCAGUGCCAGGGCGACUCGGGCGGCCCUCUGGUCCACAAUGACGUGGUGGUCGGAAUAUGCUCGUGGGGCCAGGGCUGCGCGCAACCGCGGUAUCCUGGAGUCAACACUCGCGUUUCCCGAUUUACUGCAUGGAUACAAGCCAACGCCUAAAUUAACCAUCAAUUA